AUCGGCAAUCUGAGCAGAAUAAUGUGCAUAAUUAAUUCAUGCCAAAAUAACAACAUUUCUGCGGAUAAUUUGUGAGUUAAAUUGUACUUCUUCGCACUGGAUGUAAUAAUAGCAUAGCUGAACAAGAUGGCGGAGGCAGUGGUGGAGUUUGACUAUGAUGCCGUCAAUGGGGAUGAACUCACUCUCCAUAAGGGUGCCAUCAUCAAGAACAUAAACAUGAUGGAAGGAGGAUGGUGGGAAGGAGAAGUCCAUGGUAAAAGAGGAAUGUUUCCAGACAACUUUGUCAAGGUCAUUGAGAAGCCAAGUCCUGCUAGUACACAGAAGCCAGUCGUAGCAGCAGCACCGCCAGCUUCGUCCACAUCGUCAUCCUUAUCAUCAUCGUCAUCGAUGAAGUCACAUGGUCCAGGUGUAGCCAAUGGGGAUGUGUCGUUAGGGAAUACAGAGAUGGGUGAUGAAGCUAAAGUCAAGAAGAGAGAGGGCGGGAGUAAGAAGAGGAAGAUGCGUGCAAAGGUGACCUUCAGCUAUAGCCCUCAGAAUGAGGAUGAGUUAGAGCUGGUAGUGAAUGAGACAGUAGAGGUCGUUGACCAGCCAGAGGAGGGAUGGUGGGAGGGUGUCAUCAAGGGUAAAAGUGGUCUCUUCCCUUCAAACUUUGUCACCAUGGUGGAUGAAGAUGAUGCCUCAGAAGCAAAGUCAGAAGCGGUAUCAUCUUCUGGAGGAACCACGCCCAUGGAGGAGGAGAACAAACCUGUGAGGAAGAUCAAGAGUUCAGGCAUUGGACAUGGUAACAUAUUUGCUCAAGGGAUCCCUCAGUUGAGGAAGACGCCUACAACGGAUAAAGAGCCACGUACUCAAGCUAAAGCUGCUGAGUCUCACCCUUUUGCUUUGAAACGGAUGUCAUUACGGAAGAAAGAACACGAGGAGAAGAAGGAUGAGGAAAAGAAGGAAGACAAGAACGCAUCAUCAGCGGCAGAAGCAAAAGGGAUAUUUAAAGUGAAGGUAAUAUACGACUACGAGCCAAAGAACGGAGAUGAGCUGCAGCUGAAGAAGGGAGAGAUUGUGACAGUCAUCGAUAGAGAUGCUGGUGAUAGCGGCUGGUGGAAGGGAGAAGUCAAUGGUAAAACCGGUGUCUUUCCAGACAACUUUACAGAAGAGAUUUCUGAAGAGAAAUCGAAAAAGAAAAAUAUGCCUGCACCUGUUCCAGCCAGACCUGUAUCAGGCUUAUUUCGUGGGUCAGACGACGAUCACCAUACACUGUCUGCACCACCACGUCCCUCAAGACCUGGUAGUAUGGAGGUUAAAGGUGGUUCCACACAGAAGCCAGGUAUUACUAAGCAACCAUCUCAGGAUAGCAAGUUAGCUCCCAAGGAAAACGGCUCUAGGCAUCUCCCUCCUGGUGCUAAACAGGUACUCCCACCACCUACAGCAGGGAGACCACAUGUGUUCAACAAGCCUACAGCACUGACCAAGCCUCAAGUGCCGGCAUCUAGACCACAUGAUGUUAAAGAGACAUCAAAGGAUAGCACCGACUCCGGCAAAACAGAUCCCAAAGAAUCAACUUUUGACAACAUCACAAUCAACACGGAGAAACUGACACACAUCAACCUGUCUAGACCGAAAGCAACCCCAAAUAGGAGACCGCCCUCAACUUUUGGUAUGCCACCGCCUGCUGCAUCGUCGUCAUCUAACACGCCCCUCUCACCCCUCAUCAGUCCCCCUCCUACCUCCACCUCACCACCACUGAUCGACAGCGUCGAUGGGGGCCCCACCACCACGCCUCACCCCUCCUUCUCCCACACCGACUCCCACACUGACGAGGAGCCUAAACAGCCUCCCCCAUGGAGUAGAGACAUCAAAAAAUCACUUCGUAGGCCGCCUGUUGCACGUCCCACCCAGGAUAAGAAAUCUCCUCCCUCUUCCACCAGCAGCUCCUCUCCUCCCAAUAAUACUCCACCCCUUGCUCCACGCGCCAAACAUAAAAAGCCGCCCCACCUGUCCUCGACACCCCUCGCCCCUAUACCGGACCACGACCCUCCAUCAACCCCUUCAAAUACCUCAAGCUUAGCCUCAUCUUCUAAGUCGGAGGAACCCACUCCCAGUGCCCCGGUAAAGUCAUCAUCUCAGGCUCACCCUCCUGCUGCGCUCCCUGAAAAGCCCAAGGCUCACCCUCCUGCCACGCUCCCUGAAAAGCCCCGCCCCCCAGCCCCAGACCACCUCCCGCCCCGCCCCUCUACCGACCCCGCCCCGGCUUCCAAGGAGUCCCAUAGCAGUGACCCGCCUUGGAAGACGGAGCUGAAAAACAGAACUAACAAAUCUAGUGGACUUUCUUCUGCUUCGGGUGCUCAGUCUGCUGAGAAUGGUAGUGGUCCUCCAAGUAGUGUUCCUCCAAGCAGGCCUAAGGCCUCUUCCACCACCACCCCAACCCCUGCCCCAGCCACAGACACCAGCAGUGCUCCUCCUCCUCCAAGGCCUGCUGUAGGUGUUACCAAGACAACACCAUCCAUCAACUCCUCCGCUCCUAAAGACGGAGCAUCGUCGGCAGAUGUCCAGGAGCUGAAGAAAGCAAUCAAAUCACUCCACGAAACCAUUGCAAGCAUAAAGACUGAAUUCAAGAAAGAGGUCAAAAAGCUGAUGACGGAAGUUGAUGAGGAGAAGAAACACCGGAUGAUGAUGCAGGUUGAGUUAGAAAGGAUUAAGAAACUUGUAAUGGAAGGAGACUGAUCUUCAUGGAAACCAUCUUCUCAUCCGUGCAAAAAAAAAGAGACGGUUAAUAGUUCUUUCAUCAGCGGGACGCUGUUUGGCAACAAACUUCUUUUUUUUUAAAGAACAUUCAAAGAUUUCAUCGCCAAGUCUUUUCAGAUAUAUUUGUUUUUAUUUUCAACUCUGCUGCACUCUACGCCUCCUGGAAGACAUUCAAGAUUGCACACUUUUCCAUGUCUUUGUUUAAAAAUUAUUCCAUUAAACAGAAUUCCUCCGUCGGACCAAAUUGUUUCUGUCAUCCUAAACAUUCUAGUCUUUAUGACGAGGGCAUAUGUCAAGAUAUUUGAAUUCAUUUAUAUUACAAUAUAGAUACAUGUAUAUUUUACCAUGUAAAGAUUGUUAUACUACAAUGAUGUAUUAAUUCACAUGUUGAUGUAUAUAAGAUUUGAUGCACAUUUCUUGCUCUUUCACAGAGAGUAGGCUAAGAAUACAAAUUGUGAUCUAAUCGCAGGAAGCCCUGAUAAAGUUAAUAAUACUUCUUUGACAGCCUUGGGAACCAUGAGAACACAAAGCAUGUUUGGAGUCAGUGAUGAUGAUAACUGUCUUUCAUAUAGUGCUUUUUAGACACAAGUAGCCUACCUUAUCAAAGCGCUUUAAAAUGUUUUAUUAUCCUGAUCAUCAGAUUAAAACAAGAUUCUGCACUUUAUACUGCUCACUUUUCCCUCUCCUGGGUGCAUUCUAAUUAAACCUGAUGGUGAUUUUUCAGGUGCGCAUAUGCUAAAUCCAGCUAGAUGACAUUCAUACCCUACUGGAUGCCCAUUUAACACCUGUGUGAAGAGAAGCAAUGUAGAUAAAAUGCCUUGUUUCAAUUGUAAGUGCCUAGUCAGUGCUAGAAGUCAGGACCUAGCUUUAUUAUUCCAAGUAGUGUAAUAAAAGUGCUUGACUAUAACUCUCCAAGAUGUUAGCAUGGAGAUAAUCUCUAUUCCUAAAACAUCCAAUUUAAAACCCCACUGCACUACUUAUAAGCUACUUGUGCCAUAUAUAUAGCAGUCAAUGCCUAAUCUGUGACAGCUGUUCCCCCACGAUCCCCUCUUAUGUUAAUUGAGAGCUGAUUUGAUGAUAACCACCUGUCAGUGACCAUGCAGGGAGGUCUAAACCCUCCUGACCAAACUAGUGCAGAGGGGCUUUAAUUUUGGUGCUGCCAACUUUAUCAAUUUUAUCAGGGCCUCUCUAUAUUAAGGUCACAUUUAGAACUAAAUAUGCCUACUACAUGUAAUUGCAAAUGUGAAAUGUAUAUGAGCUUGGAAAUAGAAUUGUAUUCAUUUUUAAAAUCAUUAUGGUAUGUUACAGUGUUAAGUAUGAAUGCAGUGUUUAAAUAGUAUCAUACCUGUGUAUGUAUCUUGAAGCUGUUGUUUUGGGAAUUUGUAAGGCAUUAAUUUGCAUGAUGAUACACAAGAGCUUUGUUCUUCAGGGGAAAAUAGGCACUGACCUCACAUAGGAAGAAAACAAAUAAAUAAAAUAGAGAGUUAAUGAGAUGCUCAUUAUAGCUUGCAAUGAGAUUUAGUAGUUAAUCCAGUUGGGGAGGGGGGGGGGGGGGGGGCUGGAUAAUGCUACAGACUAUAGAGAGAUAUAUAUGCAACUAUUCAAUAGAAAUCACUCUUUGAGUAGACCUCUUAUUCUUUAAUAUCUUUCAAAAGGUCCUCCAGCAUCAUGCUAAAUGUACUGUACUCCAUUGCUGUUCUUCUCCUUAGAGUUCUAAUUUCUGGGCUUUGAGGGAACAAUGGUGUUGAAUGCCAAGUUCCUUGAAGAAAAAAACACUGUUUAAAAAAUUGUUGAAGAAUAUUUUGUUUUAAUGUUUAGCCAGCUCUUUUAUGAAUUUUCUACAGUGAAUCAGCAUUUCCUUGCAGUGACAUGGCUUUUUUGGUUAAACCAAAGAUGAUUUUCAGUUUCUACUGGAGCUGUAUUGGACUUUUUGUCACUCAUACUCAGAGAUUCACCACAUUACAUUUAUGGAGUAAUUGCUGUACAUCCUCUUUAUUCAUGUUGUUAUAUUUGCAGCAUCCAAUAAGGUUGUUAACUGAGAUGAGGAAAGGUAAUUCAAUUCAAUUCAAUUCAAAGAAGCUUUUAUUCAAUCUUGUCAAAAAGUCCAAAGACUAAAAAUGUGAGUUUACAUCAAACAUACAAUCAUAUAAAAGAGCAUUAAAAAAAAUUCAUAUAAAGAAAAACAUGGCAAAUGGGAAAAAUUAUAAAUUAAAAUAAAUUAAUUAAUGUAAAAGGAAUAUACUUAAUAAAUGAGGAUAAAUAAAAGGAAGAAAUGAAAUCAAAAUUGCAUAACCAGCUGGCUUACUCCAAUGUAUUUUGUAAUUUCUUAUCUUUUUUCAUCUUCAGUAAACAAUGUAUAUUGUGCAGACAGUUGAGCUACAUGCUGUAUAUUUUUUAUGCAAAAAAAGAAGGUAUGAAUUCAUAACAUUUAAAAAUCCGGAACUGAUCUUUUAUUUGUAAGGAUUCAUAUUAUUGAUAAGUCUUUCAUUUCAAUGUCUAUGGAUGUUUAUACACAGAGAUUUGUGUGCUUAAUGAAGAGUAUAUUUGUAAUUAAUUGUAAAACUGUAAUUGCAAGCAGCCAUGUUGGUCAGACUACAGAGUUGAAUCCUACGCUCAAUGUGAAUGUUAUAUCAUGUGAAUAGUAUCUGUUCUGUUCAGAUUCUUCCAUGUGUAAGAAGGAAGGAUUUAGAGACCUUUGUUUAAUACAAACAAGAUAGAAAUCAGUCAUUAUUAUUUAUGUCUCUUUUGACUCACGCUCUCUUCUCUCAUUUGCAAGAAUAUUCAGGAGUGACUGAAGGAAACAAUGAAGAAGAUUAUUGUGAAUGGAGGAAGAUGAUUUGUAAACGACAAAGGGAUUAAUUUGAGCCUCUUUUCCAUGUUUUUGAUGUUUCGUACAAUGCAAAUAUAGCACAAUUUAUAAAGCUUUAGCCUGCUUCCAAAUGGAUUGGCACUUUGUUUUGUUCUCCAGCCUUUAUAUGUCACUGAUACAGGAAAGGACGUUUCUGUCCAUGUUUUGUCAGUUGUUCCCAUUCUUGGGAAUGUAAAACAAUCUUAUGAAAAUUAUGGCAGAUUUUUCUUCUAACAUUAUUUCUUCCAGUCUCAGAAUAACCGAUAAAUGCACAGUAGGAGCAGGGGAGUACAAAAUAGGAAAGCCUGUAUCUGCCUGAAAGUGCUUUCUUUGUCUAGUAAAAUUGCAAAAGUGGCCAUGAUUUAAAAGUCUGGAAAGGAUGGCAGGUAUGUGAUUAAUUAGAGGCUACUUGAAGUUUAACAAAUGGAAAUGCUCAAAUAUGUUGUGAGGUGUCACAAAUGAUUCUAUAAAAAGGGAUUAAUAAAGCAAGCAUAAAGAUAUACAGUUAAUGCUACAAGUUACUUUCAAUACUUCACAUGCCUUCACAUGAAGAAUGUAUGCUUAAUUGUAAAAGUUUCGUUGUCAGAUUUAUUGAAUUUUCUCUCUCCACUUUCCCCUUAUUCAAGCAUUAUGAAUGCAGUCUUUCUUUCAUUUAUUUUUAGUUUGGAAAUGAUUUAAAGCGAUCUUGUUGUUAUCCAAUCCCAUCAUUGAUUUAAAAAUCAUUUUAUUCAUAUCAAGGUUGUAGGUGCUUUAGAAAUUUGUUUGUAUGUACUUAAAGUCUGUUAAUGUAUCAUGUAAAGGAACCCAUACAGAUGUAUUUAUUUAUUUGUUGAUUACAUGAUUCUCCUGUACGCGAUUUCAUCUCAAUUUAGUGUAUUUAUAGUGAUAGGGUGUUUUUUGUGUGUUUUCAUUUUUACUGAAUGGUAAAGGAGGAAAGGCAAAGAAUUCUGUAUCCUGAUUGAUCGUAAUUGCAGUUUUUUAUAUGUGUGUAAAGCCAUAGGGGAAUGAUGACAGUAAUUUGGUGUUCUAUUGUGAUGCAUAUAAUUUGUUGCCCUCCAAAAUUCUUGGUUAAUUAUUAGCCCAAGUGUAUAGAAUACCAAUAUACCUUUAACACCAACUCUUUUACAAGCAAGUUGGAACAUUAAAUAUGAAUAUUUCAGUACGUGGAGAGAAAUACAUUAAUUGAAAUGUAUGAUAAAGUAUUGGAUACACAGACCCUUGAGGGAUUUGAAUCUGGUACAUUGUUUGAACAUUUGAUAGUAAUGUUGGAGACAUAUUAUAGUUUUGAAGAUGACAAUGACCUCCUUGGCUAACCCCAGUCAAACUACCCCCCCCCCCCCAGACAAAUGUUCCUUUGAAAAGUAAACAAAAAAAAUACUUUAAUUACCUGUAGGUACUUUUUUGAGGGUAAUAACAGGAAUUUCAGGAGUAAAUUAUUGGGUUUCGUUGUCCAGUAAGGUACAUGGAGUUGGCAAGGUGUUAUAGCGCUUAGAGAUUUCGGUUGUAAGCACUUUAUAAGCACCAUUUUUAUUAUUAUUAUUAUAAUAAUGUGCAUACUUGUCCUUUUUGUUAGCCUGGCUAAUUCUAAGCCCUCUUUACCCUCCACUCUUAAUUCAACCACAUUUUAUUGAGAUUUAUAUCCAGUAUCUUGACCCUCAAAAAGGGCAGUAAUUAUGAAGAGAUAUACGAAAAGAAUGAAAUAUACCAAUAUAGGCCUGAAUUAAAGGUUAAACCAUUACUUUUAUUUGAGCUAUUGAUUUUAGUAAUAAAAGUAAAACUUUUGUAAUUUCAGAUUGUUUACUAUAAAUUAUUUUCGUCAGUGCUAUCAUUUCUUCUUCAUGUAAAUGCGUUCAUCAUAGAUGUUAUGUUCUGUAACUGCAUUUACUUGUAUAAACCCGGAGUUUACCAACAUUUGUAAAUUCGUAUAUGCUAUGAAAGAUGGUAAUUAUAACAAUGUUUUUGCAAUGUAUUCUUUCAAUAAAAGACUGGGAAAAUAUGAGAUAAAUUUCUAUUAUUGUUUUGUAUCAAAUAUGAAUACUGAGAUAAAUAAAACUUUUAGAAAGUUGCUCAUUUUGAAUUUGAACAUUGUAGAAAUAUUGGGAUAGAUGAAAUAAAAAAUUAUAUAUAUAUAGACCUGAAA